AUGUCACGUCCAGUCACAUUACAAUACGCUCAGAAGUACCAUGUCAACUUUGGUACAUCCAGAGAGCGUGAAUUCUAUAAGUAUUUACCGCCAUACCAUUUCAAGCCACACGCCUUACACCAUAUUGGCCCCACUACACAAUCAAACGAAUAUGUCGCUCGAUCCUCGGCGGACCCCGUCCUGACGGCAUUCGCCCAACUAGGCACCUUGCGACUGGAUGCGCAGCGUUCGUUGAUCUCGCUCUUCGGUCGACACGAAGAACAUAUUCUCACGGAAGCUACUCGAACUCUAAGUCUGCGGAAUGACGGUGACCAUAAUACACGAGAUGAGCUCCGGUUUGGGAGCUGUACGAUGUCAUAUGACCGCAGCCUGUGCGUCUUUGUUGUGCCCGAUCUUGCUAAAGACAAUGCAUUCAAGGACCAUCCAGAUGUCGCUACAUUCCCAGACAUUCGGUUUCUCGCAUCGAGUCCUAUCAUCUGCCCGAAAGGCGUGGUGAUUGGGUCGUAUACGAUCUUGGACGACAAACCCCGCGAGCCCCUGGACGACAGGUCACUCCAGUUCCUGGUUGAUAUUGCAGCUACUGUCAUGAAUUAUCUGGCGACUAGUCACUCAAAAGUCCAGCAUUUCCGCAGUGAGCGCAUGAUGGUUGGCCUUGGAAGUUUUCUGGAGGGAAAAGGUAGUCUGCGUAACUCAUGGGUGGUUGACACCGACGUGACUCAGACCACGUUUGGUGAAAUGGACCAUGCAGAGGGGCAUGUCAACCGAGAGCAGCAAGAAAAGCAAAUUUCGCAUGACGUGGCUCAGAAUUACACACGAAGCCACCUCCCUUUUCGUCCAUACAAUCUUCAUAUCCCUAGAACCAAGACCCUACAGGGGGAUAGGGAGAAAUAUCGCUCACUUUCUAACUCGAGCACCAGCAAGAGGGAUGCCAGGGCCUUAUUGAAACUCAAAGAAGCAUCUCAAGAGGCCAUGACCAUAGGCAACGAUCAGUCAAGGCAGAAAUCACCGAAGGGUGAUUAUACUGCCAAAGUGAAUGAAACUUUUGGACGUGCAGCCAAUCUCAUCCGCGAGAGUAUCGAAGUUGAAGCAGUUGUCUUUUUCAACGCCAAUUUCGGCUCCCAGGAAGCUUUGGUGAACGACGCAAAGUCUGACACGGAAAGCAGUAGUUUUGAAAGCUGUUCUUCUGGUGAUGAGGUCACAUUCCGAGGCUCCCCCCGGCGUUCCUUCGCAGAUCAGGGGUUUCUUGACCCGGAACGGGCUAAAAGCUCGGGCAAAGCUGCGUUGAACCCGUGCGAAAUACUCGGAUUUGCCACUUCGAAUGCCUCUAGCGUCAAUGACCAGCCGACGGACGAUAACAAAAUCGCAUUAUCAGAGUCAUUUCUUGGGGGCCUUUUGCACCGAUAUCCUCGAGGGAAGAUUUUCAAUUUUGGUGAAGAUGGCACAGUCUCGUCGGAUGAUACCGGUGAUGGCGUAAUCAAACGAUUUUUGCGACGUCCUGGGGGCAAGAAGUAUAAAAAGACACAGAAGUCGCUUGUGCGGCAGGAUGCUCAGACCCUGCUUCAACUCGCUCCCGAGUCUCGAAGCAUCAUCUUCUCGCCUUUAUGGGAUUCACACAAGGGUAGGUGGUAUUCGGGGGCUUUGGCGUGGACAAAAGCCCCUCACCGUGUCUUCACUUCGAACGAUGAGUUAGCAUUCCUCUUGACAUUUGGAACAAGUGUCAUGGCAGAAGUGCACCGGCUCGGCGCUCAUUUCGCUGAUCGAGCAAAAUCAGACUUGCUCUCAGGGCUCAGUCAUGAACUUCGAUCCCCUCUACAUGGAAUUUUCGGCACAGCAGAACUUUUCCAUGACACUGUUAUGGACGCGCUGCAACGAGGAUUUAUUCAUACGAUUUCUUCUUGCGCAUACACACUACUUGGCUCGAUCAAUCAACUCCUCGAGUACGCUGGUAUCAAUGAUGUUCGACCGAAUGCUGUGGCCCACCCUCCGGGUGGCCGUAUCUACAAAAUUCCUGUGGACCGGAAAGUGGCCGCAGCCCGCCGUCCUUCGCAUCCUGGAGAGAAUGAAGUCAACACUUGUGUCGAACUUGAUGCUACCUUGGAAGAUGCAGUCGAAACUGUCUUUGCUGGCUAUUCCUUCUUCGGCAGUUCAGGAUCUCCUCUACGGGGUAUCGCCGGUGCUUCUACCUUGGGUAGCAAACAUACAGAUACACGAGAUGGGAUCAAGGUGGUUUUGGACAUUGACCGCACCCACAGUUGGAAAUUUUCAACACAGGCUGGGGCUUGGCAUGUCAUCCUAACGAAUAUCUUUGGGAAUGCCUUGAAAUUCACUCAAAGUGGUUAUAUCUACAUCUCUAUGAAGGCCUCUCCAGCCAAAUUCGGAAAAAGUGGCGAGGUCACAAGCUCAGCAGUCACCGUGAAAGUGAAGGACACUGGAUCUGGGAUUGACUCUGAUUUUCUGAAGAAUGGACUAUUCACUGCUUUCUCACAGGAAGAUAGCAUGACAACCGGCAAUGGUCUUGGGUUGAGCAUCACACGACGAAUACUCUUAUCGCUUGGCGGUGAUAUCCAGGUCGAUUCCGAUAAGAAUGUUGGCACUGAAGUUGUGGCAACUGUGAUCCUUGAUCACGCGUCUGCUCUGGACAACCUCGACAAAUUGGACAGUCACUCCCCCAUCACCAUGGCGCAAAAGCUUGCCUGCUCGAAGACUAUUGGAAUUUUAGGUCUCGGAACUUCUGAGUUAGACAUAGCUCUAUACAGAUCGUUACAAAAGCUCUGUCAAGACUGGUUCUCCAUGGAAGUCCGUUUGGUUGGGCCAUCGCAAACACAAUUCGCGCACUGCGACUUAUACAUAACUUCUCACGAGUAUCUGGACAUAGGGAAUCAGGAGACCAGGGCCAUUACACCCAUUCCAGGUGCUCCGUUUUCUUCGCCUGCCAUCAUAAUAUGUCCAUCCCCGAGGAAUGCGCACUCGAUGUCUGUCGGGGCUCAAAAUCGUGGGGAUGCACAUGUGCUCGAGUUUAUUAGCCAACCAUGCGGACCGCGCAAGUUGGCAAAAACAUUAGAAGCGUGUAUCAAACGUCAGCAGCUGCGGUUUGAUUCCCUCCAGGGCGAAGAAAAGAUACCAGACGGCCCAGGGAGCUUCCCAGCCGAUGUCAGCACCAACGAGCCUGAGAUGGACGAGACGUCGUCAAAUGGAGAGGUCAGCGGACAAUCCACGAUCGAAGUGGCAGCAUAUUCAGAAACAUACAGCCAGGCCCCGGUAGGAAUGCUCGAGUCGUGUAGACGCUCUCGGGGGAAUGUUGAGGACCCGCUUUCUCCAUCUGAAGAGGUCGCCAUCACGAGCCACGACACACCCAUCAAAAAGGAAAAUGGCCCCCUAGCAGACCUUCCAACGACCGUUCUUCUUGUGGAUGACAACGAUAUCAAUCUCAGAAUUCUCAUUGCUUUUAUGAAGAAGUUGAACUGCAAUUAUGUUAUUGCGCGAAACGGAGAAGAAGCCCUCGAGGUUUUCAAGGCCAAUUCCUCUGCUAUUGGAAUGAUUUUCAUGGAUAUCUCGAUGCCAAUCAUGGACGGCCUAGAAUCUACUAGGCGAAUUCGCGAGUUUGAGAAAACACUGGAAACCAAAUUCCGUGUCAGGAUUGCUGCCUUGACUGGCGUUGCGCAAACUGAUAUGCAACGCGACGCGAUUGGGUCUGGUAUGGAUUUAUUCCUCACCAAACCCGUCCGACUGAACAGUCUAGUGCCAAUAAUCAAAGGCAUACUUCCCCCGACCCAUGCGAUAUGGCAAGAGCAGUAA